AUGAAGUUCUCAAUCCUCCUCACCCUUAGUAGCUACCUCCUAGCCAUCUCCGCCCAAAACUUCGGAGAUGAACCUGCGUGCGCUAUCCCCUGCCUCCUCCCCGCCAUCUCCCUCGCCGGCUGCUCCCCCACCGACCAAUCUUGCCAAUGCGGCCCCGCGCAAGCCGCCAUCCAAACAGCCGCUACCCCAUGUCUCCUCUCCGCCUGUAACGUUGUUGAUCUAGCUGCUGCCGCUAGCAUCGGUUAUGCUCUCUGUUCCGCUUAUAGCGCCUUUGCCUCUGCCUCUGCCUCUGCGCUUAUCACUGGAUCUGUGACUACUGAAGCCGGAAGUGCUAGUGCUAGUGCUAGUAUACUGAGUUCGAGUGAUACCGGGGGUAUGGUUAGUAUACAAACUAAUACUGUCGUAUCUGGAAGCGUAUCUGGAAGUACAUCAAGCAACUUACUACCUUCCACUACAUCUGGAGGUAUUACAAGCAGCGCUACCACAACCGCUACCGCAACCACAACCACAAAUCCAGGGGGAUCGAUAAGUUCGACGAUUUCUUCAGCCAAAGAACCUAGUUCUACAUCUGCAUCAGCAUCUACCUCCAAGACAGCAACUUCGAAUGCAAAUACAUCAGCCACGAGUACGGCUGCAGCGAAUGCGGUGCCUACGAUUGGAAUCAAGAUGGUAGGAGGUUUAAUGGGAGCAGCUUUGGGGCUUGUGGGUAUUUUAUAA